AUGAAGCUACUUUCUCUUACUCUCAUCACCAUCUUCCUAGCUGCAGUCACAGCAAGUAGCGAAACUGAGACUGAGACUGAGAACGAAAACCAUGACGUUGAUUGGUUGCCUCACAUUACCAGCUGGAGUGACAAGCGCAUUGAAAUUAAUGGACAGUGCGAUCUUGUGAUGUUGCAAAACGCAGCAUUCGCUGAGGGGCUUGGAAUGAACAUUCAUAUCCGAACCAAGAUUGUGGGAGCCUGGUCCUACAUCAAGAGCGUUGCGAUCAACAUUGGAGACGACGUCCUUGAAAUUGAAGGAUCUCCAAAUCCAAAAGAUGAAGAUGCGCACUACUGGUUCAACGGCGAGUACCAAUCAGAAGAACUCGAAACCAUCGGCGGAUUCCCAGUCGAAUGGGAGAAGCCGACGCCCUACAAACAGCAGUACAACAUCGAUCUGGACUCGAAGUACCCUGGAAAAGUCAUCACCAUCGAUGUAAUCAACGAGUUCAUUCGUUUCAAUUUGAACGGAGACGCGUCUGUGUUUGGAAACUCCGUCGGCUUGCUUGGAGACUACAAUACUGGGAAGACCCUUGCUCGCGAUGGAGCUACGGAACUGCAGGGCUUUGAAGACCUUGUCGAUGAGUGGCAAGUGAUUCCCAGUGAACCCAAGCUCUUCCAUCAACUUGCCCAUCCUCAGUUCCCAGACAAGUGUAUCCGGCGAGAGUCUUCAUCUGGAGCCAGCAAGAGCCAUUUUUCGAAGCCGGCUGUCGAUGUUGAACAAGCGGAGGCUAUUUGCUCGGGGACAUUGGACAACGAUGCUACUGUCAUCAAUGAUUGCAUCUCGUACAUCCUGCUCGGUCGAGACUUGGAUGUUAUUGCUGAGUUUCUGAUGUUGAGGAAAGUCCACCAUGAGUUACUGCUCUAA